UUAUGAUUGGAUAAAGCAAAACAGAGUUACAUUAAGUGUUUAAAAGCUUUGAUAAAGAUGGAAGUGGAUAUGUAGAUAAAUAAGAGCUUUAAGCAAUAGCUUAAUAAUUGAAUUAAGAAAUAAGUUAAGAAGAGAUUGAUAAAGUAUUGAUUUUUAUUAUUGAUUCAAUAGUUAAUGGGAGUUGUUGAUAUAAACAAAGAUGGUUAGAUAUCAUUUGAUGAAUUUUGGAAUUGGUGGCAAUUUGGAAAAAAUGGUCAUUUAGAAAAAUUAGUUUUUAUGAAACUGAAGCUCAUGAAUUUACUUAAGAAAGUUAAUUCAGAAUUUACAAGAUUUGGAAUUUCAUUCUUUGAGAAAUAAGAUAGAAAUUUUGAUCAUCAUUAUUGGGCUAUAAAUUAUGGAGAUUAACCUUGUCAUUUAAGAAUUGAUAGCAAUAUAUUAUAUAAUGGCAAAGGAAUUACUGAAGCUUUAAAUAAUGAAAAUAAACUAUUGAAAGGAGUUUAGUUAAUUUAAGGUAAAUAUUUUGAUCUAACAUUAAUUAUUCGUGCUCUAUAACCUGAAAUAGCUAAACAAAAAUUUUAAUAAUUAUAUGAUAGUUUUAUGUAGAAAUUAUAAAAUGAAGGAUCUGAAGAGGCUAAUGAAGCUCUUGAAUUUCUUUCCAAAUGUGAAUUAUAAAUUUCUGCUAAUACAGACAGUGUAAUUAUUAUUAUUAUAUUAUUUUAGUUAAUUCUUUAAUUUACAAUUAAACAUCCUUUAGUUUAAGAUUUUAUUGAAACUUAAUACAGUCCUUUUUUAGAUUAAUUAGGAGAAGAUCUUGAAAUUUAAUUAGAAUUAAAUCUUGGAGUUAAAAAUGGAUUAAAGAAAAUGAUGAAAAAGAAUUAAAUUUUUAUUAAAUAUUUGCUAGAAGGUUUUUUAAUUGAAUUCAGAGCUAAAUUUAAUUCAUCAUUAGCUAAAAAAGUAUUUAAUCUAGGACUUUUUUUACUUUAAUCAGCUUAAAGCAAAAAAAUGUAAUAAAAAAAACUUCUAUCAAAAUUUAAAUAAGGAUUUACAUUCCCUCUUCUUUUUAAACAUUCAAAAUUUCAUUUAUAAUUUAAAAAUAUGGAAGAUGUAGAUGCCUUUCUUAAAUCUUUAGGUUUAGAUGAAUUAGUAGAAGAUUAACCAAAUGCAAGAGAUUUAUUAUAAGAAAUUAUAUAAGAAGAUGAAAUAGAAGAAUUUAAAAAUCCAGAAGAAGAUGCUUAUAUCUUAUAUCAAUUUUAUUAAUUUGGAAAGCAAUAUCUAAUAGCUAAAGGAUAAGCAUUUGCAUUGUUCCCAAAUGCAUUUGCUAAAUUUGAUUUUAAUUUUGAUGGUUUAGCAGAUGUCAUGGAAUGCAUAUUUAGAGAAGAUGCAGAAAGUUUAAAAAAACAAUAGAAAUGA